UUGCAAUUUAAAGAAAUUUUAAUAUAGAAGCAUCAGCGCUCCAAUGCCUUAAAUUCAUUUUUAUAUUUUAUCAAAUUCUUGUUGCAGAAUUUGCUCUGAUUUACACCUGUUAUUGUAACCCUCAUGCCGUAGCUCGUGAGGAUCACCAUGACUAUUGUGAAAACAGUUUCUGGGAUUUACACACCAUUGUUGCAAUUCAUAAUGACACAGCAGUGGCUUUCACUUGACCCUCCCAUUCCCCGGUUAGCCGACACAUACUCUGCGAGCUUCCUGGUCAUGGCAAUAUUAAUUCAGCUAACCCGGACGCAAGCCUCCUGCUGGUUUAUCCUAAGAAAGCAACUUUUCUCGCCUCUUCUCAGACACGCAGUUAUCCGCCGCAGCAUGGCCUCAGACCCGACGGCAACAGGGACAGCCCGGUUCGACUUUCUGGUGAUCGGAGGCGGGUCUGGAGGUCUGGCCGGCGCUCGGAGGGCGUCGGAGCUCGGAGCAGCCACCGCCGUGAUCGAGAGUCACAGACUCGGAGGUACCUGCGUCAAUGUUGGUUGUGUCCCUAAGAAGGUUAUGUGGAAUGCUGCAGUUCAUGCUGAGUACCUCCAUGAUCACAAUGAUUACGGCUUUGAUGUUGGAAAUGUUCGUUUCAGUUGGGAAACUCUCAAGGCCAAAAGGGAUGCUUAUAUUAGUCACCUAAAUCGCAUUUAUCGCAACAAUCUGGACAAAGCUAAAAUCCAAACUAUUCAAGGUCAUGCCAGGUUUACAGAUGACCCUGAGCCUACUGUGGAGGUCAAUGGAAGAAAGUAUACAGCACCUCACAUCCUCAUUGCCACUGGAGGGCAGCCUUCUGUUUUGAGUGAUGAUGAAGUUCCAGGGGCAAGUCUGGGCAUUACCAGUGAUGGCUUUUUUGAACUUGAAACUCUGCCAAAGCGCAGUGUGAUUGUGGGUGCAGGUUAUAUUGCAGUGGAGAUGGCAGGCAUCCUUUCCACCCUGGGGUCCAAAACAUCCCUCAUUAUUCGACAGACAGGAGUAUUGAGGAACUUUGACAGCUUCAUAAGCACAAAUUGCACCAAAGAACUGCAAAACUCUGGUGUAGAUGUGUGGAAGAAUUCUCAGGUGAAGUCUGUGUGUAAAACGGACAGAGGACUGGAGGUGACGCUCAUCACCAAAGACUCAGAGAAGAAGAACGACGAGGAGAAGAUCAGAACCAUCCAGGAAGUGGACUGCCUUCUCUGGGCCAUCGGCAGGCAGCCUAACACCUCUGGACUGAACAUUGGCUCGAUGCGUGUGGAUACAGAUGAAAGAGGCCAUAUCAUUGUGGAUGAGUUUCAGAACACCAGCCGACCAGGGAUCUAUGCUGUAGGGGACGUUUGUGGCAAAGCUCUUCUCACACCUGUUGCCAUUGCUGCAGGCAGAAAGCUGGCACACAGACUGUUUGAGGGCAAGAAGGACUCCAAGUUGGACUACUCUACUAUCCCGACAGUGGUGUUCAGCCACCCACCCAUCGGAACGGUGGGCCUCACAGAAGAGGAGGCCAUUAAAUCUAGAGGAAAGGAGAACGUGAAGAUCUACAAGACUUCUUUCACUCCGAUGUAUCACGCCAUCACGAGCAGGAAGAGUCAGUGCAUCAUGAAGCUGGUGUGUGUGGGCAAGGAGGAGAAGGUGGUGGGCCUGCACAUGCAGGGCCUGGGCUGUGAUGAGAUGCUGCAGGGCUUCUCCGUGGCAAUCAAAAUGGGUGCCACCAAAGCAGACUUUGACAAGACUGUCGCCAUUCACCCCACCUCAUCUGAGGAGUUUGUCACGAUGCGUUAAUGCAAACACUAACUCCCCCCUUGCUUCCCUAUACGACCAGCAUACCAGGACAGAGUCACUCCUCUGUACUGCCUUCACAUCAGCUUGACGACUUGCUUUCUAAAACUACAUACUUCCAUUUCCUCUCAUUUAAGUGACCUUACUGGUGCGCAGUGUUUAAUUUUUUCUAAUUUUUACCUAAAUGGACCAAGACCGGGUUAUGGCCUUCUUAAACUGUACUGUGGGUCUUGAUUAUUGAUUGAUUGAAUAUUGCAGAUUCCAUUUUAUUGAUUGUGAAAUGGAAGUGAUGGAUCUGCAGGUAUUGUUGUCAAGUGAUUGCAUGGGAAGUCAAACGACCUCUCUCCUAGUGUAUGUGUUCGAUAUGUCAGUCAUUUGUCAGAUGAAUAUUACAAACACUGCUGCUCCUUAAGGCACCUAUUUACUACCAAUGCAAGGUCAUAACAUAUUUACUGUACUGUUCUAAAGAUUCAAUAAACCUGUUUUUUCUUAA